AUGGGGUCGGUACGAGCGAAACGCACUUUGAGGAUCGGUGUCGAUGUCGGAGGCACCAAUACAGACGCCGUGCUCCUCGACUUGGAUGCAAUCCAUCAGCCUACCCGUGGAGUUAUAGCGUUCCACAAGACGCCGACCACAAGCCCGAAUGUCAGCGAUGGAAUCGAGGCGGCAGUUGGCAACGUGCUACAGCAGGCCGCAGAUCGUAUUUCGGAGAUUUCGUGCCUCAUCGUCGGGACGACACACUUCUUGAAUGCCGUGAUUGAACGUGAUAGUCGGCGACUCUCCAAGGUUGCGGUCAUUCGGUUGUCAAGGAGUUAUACCAAGGACAUCCCUCCAUUUUCGGACUUUCCACCAGUACUCGCCAGCCUUCUUCAUGGCUAUCAUGGCUAUAUCGAUGGAGGCCUCCAUAUCGAUGGCUCUCAGGAGGCGCCAAUCAUCGAGGAGCAAGUACUGAAACAGUGCGAAAGCAUCGAGAGGCUAGGAAUCAAGGCGGUGGUCAUAUCAGGCAUCUUUUCCCCCAUCGAUCAGCACUUUCACCAAGAAGCCCAGGUCCGAAGUAUAAUGCAAUGGCGGUUACCGGACGUGGAUAUUGUCUGCUCCUCGGAGAUCUCCAACAUCGGCCUUCUGGAAAGAGAGAAUGCUUCCAUCCUGAAUGCAGCCAUUAUGAAGUUCGCAAGACGCACAAUCCAAGGCUUUCGUGCUGCCAUGAAACGAUUAGGACUGGACUGUACACUCUUCAUCUCCCAGAACGAUGGAACAGUCAUCAACUCCUUCGCCGCUGCCAAACUACCUAUCAAGACAUUCUCCUCGGGUCCCGUGAACUCUAUGAGAGGUGCUGCCUAUCUAGGCCUUGGUCAAUCAGGUUCGCAGGGAGAGGAGCGUACUUCGACAAUCGUCAUUGACGUUGGUGGGACGACGACGGAUUGUGGUGUUCUGUUGCCAUCUGGAUUCCCACGAGCAGCUUCCGCCUAUGUGACAGUGGCAGGAGUGACAAUGAACUUCCCCAUGCCUCAGCUCGAAUCGAUCGGCCUCGGAGGUGGAUCGAUCGUGCGUGAACAUGACGCCGAGGUCUCGAUAGGGCCAGACUCGGUUGGAUACCAGCUGACUGACAAAUCCAGAGUUUUUGGUGGUGAUGUUCUGACGACUACCGAUAUUGCUGCUGCCAAUGGGCUUGACAUUGGGGACCCAAGACGGGUCGGCGAUAUCACUACUGAACUUAUUCAACGUGUCCAUGCAAGGACGAAGAAGAUGCUCGAACGGGUUAUCGACCGAUUGAAGCUUACUCCAGCGCCAUUGCCGGUCCUGCUGGUCGGUGGAGGGUCAGUCGUUUGCCCCCUCGAGCUCGAAGGUGUAUCUCAAGUUGUGGUGCCUAAAUUUCAUGAUGUGGCAAACGCAGUGGGAGCUGCUAUAUCAAGAGUCUGCGGCUCCGUGGACGCCAUCUACAGCAUAGCAGAUGUGGCAUUGUCGGAGGUCCUAGAGGACGCAAAGACUCAAGCUGUCGCAAGCGCCGUGGCAGGUGGAGCUGAACCGAGUACAGUGACUGUGGUGGAGAUGGACACUCUUCCAAUCCCAUACGUCUCUGGACAGAUUCGUGUGCUCGUGAAAGCCGUCGGAGAUUUGUCGAUUGACUACGUUGCUGAGAGCAAGCAGCUCGUUGACGAAGAAGACAUCGUUGUUGAGGCUGCUUCCGAUGCAGUGGAGGAUCCUUCUGCGACUUUCAAAGAAGAACCCACAAGGAGCAAGUUCGACUUCGACGCAUAUCGCCCAACAGUCAAACAGAAUCCUGAUACCGGUAUCCAUGAGUGGAUCGUGUCAGAGACUGAUCUUGAAUGGUUAAGUGUCGGAUGCUAUAUUCUGGGUUGUGCUGGUGGAGGCUCGCCCAAAGCCGAAUUCCUCAAACUUCGAGACCAGAUCCGAGCUGGAAGUAUCGUCCGAAUUAUUGAUAGCUCCUCGCUGUCGCAGGAUGCUCUCAUAUAUUGGGGCGGUAUGAUGGGAUCGCCGGCUGUGUCGAUCGAGCGGCUGAACUCUUCCGAAUGCAUAACAGCCGUCGCUGAUCUUAUGGAAUAUCUGGGCCAUAAAAGUUUCGACGCCGUCAUGGGUCUGGAAAUCGGAGGAGCCAACGGGCUCGAGCCACUUCUUAUCGGCUCCUCUCACGCAUUUGAUAGACCCGUCAUCGACGCCGACUGGAUGGGUCGAGCAUACCCGACAUACUGGCAAACAACGUUGGCCGUUCAUGAGAGUGGACAGCUGACUCCAUGCGCGAUUGCCUCUGGUGACGGCAAGACAAUCAUCAUGACCAAGUCGCCCGACGAUGAGAUAGUUGAUCGUGCCUUGCGAGCUUCUUGCUCGGAGAUGGGCUCUCGAGUCGGAAUGGCAGCCAAACCAACCACAACUGAUCGGGUGAGAUCGUAUGGAGUAAUAAACACCUUGUCACUCUCCUGGCGUAUCGGCAGGACUGUGGCUCGAGCCCAGCAGGAAAGCACCAUCCAUACGAUUGCGGAACAAAUCAUCGACGAAGUCGGCGGCCCAAUUACGGCCAAAGUCCUUUUCCGUGGAAAGAUAACGGCAGUGGAACGAAGAAUCUUCAAAGGACAUUCAUAUGGCGAGAUAACCAUAGCCCAAGCUCAGACUGAUGAAGAAGAGCAGGAACAUGACGCACCGGCGGUCGCCGAAGGCGGUGUUCUCAAGAUUCCGUUCAAGAAUGAAAACAUAUAUGCGAAGCACAUUGCCGAAGACGGCACUGAGAAGUACCUCGCAACGGUUCCCGACCUGAUCUCGGUACUUGACACACAAUCGGGAUGUGCUCUCGGAGUUCCAGAAUUCCGGUACGGCUUGCUGGUAACAGUGCUUGGUAUAACCUGCUCGCCACGAUGGUCAGACACGAAGCGAGGCUUGGAAUAUGGCGGACCAGAAGCAUUCGGAUAUAAGGUCGACUACAAGCCCUUAGGUGUGUUUGUCGAGCCCAAAAGCGUUGUUCUUGAGUAUGCAACUUGA